AGUAAUUCAUUUAGUUUCAUUCAACGCGGACCAGUCAGUUCGCAACAAGUUUUUGUGUCCGAUUCUGUAGGAAAUUCUGUUCAAAGUAUUUCUAACACAAUCUUAUUAAGCCAAGAACACUUCUAAAUACUUCAUUUUCAGAUAUCAAGAAAAAGUCCUCAACCAGACUAAACCCUGCUUUCCUCGACCAUCUUUGCCACAGUAGUCGACGAUGUCGUGCAUCGGUGGCACAUAUAAAUACUUACGAACAACCACGCUCCUGACGAGACUGCCCGCCGAAACCGAGCCGAACGCAGCAACUUAACGCACGCGCACCCGAAUAAAAAAUAACCCUCCAAAGAUAUAAAAAUGAAUAAUGCCGAACUAUAUCAGAAAAGCAAUACUUUACAAAAAAGGGAUGCCCUUCAAUGUUUAGAAGAGUAUGCGAAAAAAAUUAAAUGGAAAAACGACGGAGAUACGGUUAUAGAUAUAGGUUGCGGAGAUGGAAGUGUGACGACGAGUGUCCUGAAAAAGUUUAUACCCAAUAAUUGUAAGAGGCUUGUAGGUUGUGACAUUAGCGAAAAAAUGGUCCAAUUCGCUAAUGAGCACCAUGCGAGUGACCACACCAGCUUCACGGUCCUGGAUAUUGAGGGUGACUUGCCGAAUGAGCUUCGAGGAAAUUUUGAUCACGCAUUUUCGUUUUACACCUUGCACUGGAUAAAACAUCAAGAAACAGCAUUUUCAAAUAUACAUAGUAUGCUGGCAAAGGGAGGUGAUUGUCUCUUAAUAUUCCUGGGCCAUAUGCCGGUAUUCGACGUGUACCGCAUACUGGCUCGCACCGCAAGAUGGAGCUUUUGGCUGAAAGAUGUCGAUCGCUUCGUAUCGCCAUACCAUGACUGUCAGGAUCCUGAAAAAGAAAUUAAAAGAAUGAUGAUCUCUAUCGGAUUCACUGCGGUGGAAGUCAAAUGCACAGAAAAGUCAUUCAUCUACACCAGCCUUGAAGCUGUUAAAAGGGCUGUAACAGCAGUUAAUCCUUUUAAAAUACCAAAAGAAAUGCAGGAAGAUUUUCUCGAUGACUACGUUAAAAUAGUUCGCGACAUGCAACUUAUUGACCACGUUAAUAAUAAUUUAAAUGGGCCGGUCAGCGUCAGAACUAACUACAACCUGAUCAUAGCCUAUGGAAAAAAGUAGCUGAUUCUUGUGUGAGACAUUUCCUGCCAGUACAAAAAAAAUUAUAUGAAGGUCUUAUUUAAUCUUUACUUUUAAAUAUUUUUAUUUAUUUUAACGUUUUAACAUUUUUUUAUAUACCUAAGUGCUACAAUAUAAACUAUUUAUGUAAUAAUCUACCUUAAUUAUUUUUAGACUAAUAUUUGUAUCGGUUUUUA